CCUCAGAAAUCCCUCUAUAAAUUUUGCAAACAACGUGCUAUCUCCUACAAUAUCAGCGCUUAGCUUUCUGUUCUUUUCUCUCAUUAUAAUACCUACCUAGUUUUCUGUUGCACGAUAACAGACUAAAAAUGGAGUUCCAUCUUACACGCAUUCUUGCUUUCCUUUCUUUUGCACUUGUGGCAAGCCACGCUGCCUUGCCACCUGAACUUUACUGGAACUCUGUGCUGCCUAACACUCCUAUGCCAAAAUCUGUCAGAGAUCUUCUACACCCAGACUUGGUGGAAGACAAAAGCACUUCUGUUGCUGUAGGGAAGGGUGGUGUAAAUGUUGAUGCAGGAAAAGGGAAGCCAGGGGGCACUGCUGUUAAUGUAGGAAAGGGUGGUGUGAGUGUUGAUGCAGGGAAAGGAAAGCCCGGAGGAACCAAUGUAAAUGCAGGAAAGGGUGGUGUGAAUGUUGAUGCUGGGAAAGGAAAGCCAGGCAGCGGCACCCAUGUCAGCGUCGGGGGCAAAGGUGUUGGUGUUGCCGCUGGAAAGCCAGGGAAGAGAACCCAUGUUGGUGUUGGCAAAGGCGGAGUAUCUGUGAGCACAGGGCACCAUGGCAAGCCCGUAAUUGUUGGGGUACGCCCAGGGCCAGGCCCGUUCAACUACAUUUAUGCUGCAACUGAGACUCAACUCCAUGAUGACCCAAAUGUAGCCCUUUUUUUCUUGGAGAAAGACAUGCAUCCAGGCAAAAUUAUGAACUUGCAAUUCACUGAAAACACUAACACAGCAACUUUCUUACCACGUCAAGUCGCCGAUUCAAUACCCUUUUCAUCUGACAAAUUGCCAGAAAUCUACAGUGAGUUUUCAGUGAAACCUGGAUCAAUGGAAGCUGCGGAGAUGGAGAAUACAAUCAAGGAAUGUGAAAGCCCUGGAAUUAAAGGAGAGGAGAAAUACUGCGCGACAUCACUAGAGUCAAUGAUUGACUUCAGCACUUCCAAAUUAGGAAAGAAUGUUCAGGCAAUCUCCACAGAAGUGGACAACCAAACCAAGAUGCAGAAGUAUACAAUUAAGACCGGAGUAAAGAAGGUGGCAGGAGACAAAUCUGUAGUGUGCCACAAGCAGAACUAUGCAUAUUCCGUCUUUUACUGCCAUGCAACGCAAACCACUAGGGCUUACACGGUUCCCUUGGAGGGUGAUGAUGGAACAAAGGCUAAAGCUGUAGCAGUGUGCCACACAGAUACGUCAGCAUGGAACCCAAAGCAUUUGGCUUUCCAGGUGCUCAACGUUAAGCCAGGAACCGUACCAGUCUGCCAUUUCCUUCCUCAGGAUCAUGUUGUGUGGUUUUCCAACUAGAAGUUUGCAAUCUGCAGUCCUGUCAUUUCCUUCUCAUCUGUCAACAGUAGUUGAAACUGGAAUGUUUUUAAGUUAUGAUCCAUUUGUUUUUAUAAUAAUAGUGUACCUAAAAACGCACUAUGUGUUAAAUGUAAUUUGUACGAUUCAAUGUCUUUUAUUAUUAGCUUUUAUGGCUGUUGUUCU